AUGGAUUUGUCGAAAGUUGUCAGCUUUUCUCGGAAAUUCGCCGUCUUGGUCAAAGUUGAAGGCCCUGACCCCAAGGGACUGAAGAUGAGGAAACAUGCUUUUCAUCAAUACCAUUCUGGGGAUACAACACUUUCAGCUUCUGGGAUGUUGUUUCCAAGAAAUGUCUUGAGCCAUGAGGUUGCGGCUAAGUUUAUGUCUGAAGCUGGUGGUAGUGGUCAGGAUAUUGCUCUGGUUUUGACUGUUGCAUCUCUUGUGGAACCAUUCUUAACGUUAGGCCACAGAACUAGUAUCUCUCAGGAUCCAGUGAAGUUGAUUCCGGGUGCUCGCGUUGAGAUUAUGGUGGAGGGUCAACUAAGUUCGGAGAAAGAAGCUCCUUUUUCUGUUCCUGCACAACUCCUUUCACUGGUUGAUUGCCCUGUAUCUUCUACUGCACUCCAAUCUCUUAUUGAAGCUUCUUUGGGUUCAAAAGAUUCUGGAUGGGAUGUUGGUUGGUCUUUGGUCUCUGCUGAUAAUGGUUCUCAGCCUUCAAGCAAUAUUCAACAUUUCAGCAAGCCCUCGAUGCAACUUGAUGAGCCACUCGAUGCAAAAUUUAUGGCCAAGUCUGCCACUCGAAUGGCUCUUCUAGGAGUCUCCUUAAGUUUAUUAGGUCAGCCAAACAUAAAUUUAGCCUCCUCAACUAGCAAGGGUGAUACAAUUGUAACACUUGGCUCUCCUUUUGGAAUACUUUCACCUGUACACUUUUUUAACAGUGUAUCAACUGGUUCCAUUGCAAACUGCUAUCCUUCUGGAUCGCUAAACAAGUCACUGAUGAUAGCUGAUGUUCGUUGUCUCCCUGGAAUGGAAGGGGCUCCAGUGUUUGAUAAGGAUGGGCACUUAGUUGGCAUUUUGAUUAGACCAAUAAGGCAAAAGAACAGUGGUGUUGAAAUUCAGCUGGUGGUUCCGUGGGGAGCAAUCGCAACUGCUUGCAGCCACUUGCUGUUUGAGGAACCAUCUAUUGAAGGAAAAUCAAGUCAUUUGGGGAGUGAAGUAUUGAGUAUCAAGCCAGAUGCUAGUAUUCAUGUACAAGUGGCUGUUGAGAAAGCGAUGGAAUCAAUUUGCCUUAUCACGGUCAAUGAUGGUGUUUGGGCAUCCGGUGUUCUUCUUAAUAAACAUGGUCUCAUACUAACAAAUGCUCACCUACUUGAGCCGUGGAGGUUUGGGAAAGGCGGUGUAUAUGGUGGAAGUAAAGAUAAGGGUUUAAAACCUUAUGUAGUAGGAGCCGAGGAAUUCUCUUCCGCUAGAAGUAGAUAUUGUGAACAGGAGGGGAAAGAAACAUUGCCUAGAAAAACUCCAGCAGGUCUUUAUUCUUCUGUUGGAAAAAACAUCAAGAAAUACAAACACAAUUUCCUUCAGACUGGACAUACAGAUAUACGUGUACGAUUGUGUCACCAAGAUUCUUGGACUUGGUGUGCUGCUAAAGUUGUCUAUAUUUGUAAGGAACAAUUGGAUGUUGCCUUACUGCAGCUAGAAUAUGUUCCCGGCAAGCUCCAACCUAUUGCUGCCAAUUUUUCUUCACCUCCUUUGGGUACGUCGGCACAUGUUGUUGGACAUGGACUCUUCGGACCAAGAUGCGGGCUUUCUCCCUCUAUUUGUUCCGGAGUUGUAGCCAAGGUAGUUCAUGCAAAAAAGAAAUUGUUUACGGAAUCCAUUUUGCAAGAUGCCACAGAGUUCCCUGCGAUGCUCGAAACAACAGCUUCUGUGCAUCCUGGUGGAAGUGGUGGUGCUGUUGUCAAUUCAAGUGGCCAUAUGAUUGGACUUGUUACUAGCAACGCGAGACAUGGAGCUGGGACAGUUAUCCCGCAUCUCAAUUUCAGCAUUCCAUGUGCAGUCUUGGCACCAAUCUUCAAGUUUGCAGAAGAUAUGCAAAACAUAGAUAUCCUUCAAAUACUUGAUCAACCAAACGAAGAACUCUCAUCCAUAUGGGCUUUGAUGCCAUCACUGUCACCAAAGACAGAGCAAUCUCUACCCAAUCUGCCUAAGUUAUUCAAAGACGGUAACAACAAACAAAAGAAAGGAUCUCAGUUUGCCAAGUUUAUAACAGAGACCCAAGACAUGUUUCUAAAACCGACCAAGCUUUCUCGCGACGUGAUCCCUAGCAAGUUAUGA